AUGACGGACGACGCAGCGCCGCUGAUUGUCGGCGUGGGCGGGGCGACGUGCAGCGGCAAGACGACGCUGUCCAAGCACAUCCUGCGCCUUCUGCUCGCGUCGCACACGCCCUCGUUUAUCCUGCACCAGGACGACUUUGCGCCACCGGAGGCGACGCUGCCGCUGCACCCCGAGAGCGGCGAGCGCGACUGGGACGCACCGCGCACCGCCAUCGACUACGCGCGGAUGCACGAGACGCUGCGCUACAUCAAGACGCACCGGCGCCUGCCCCCGCAAUUCAGCAGCCACGACCACCUCAACAAGCAGCCUCCCUGUCCCAUCCCGUCCAGCCAGGAGCGACGGUGGAUCGAAAGUUUCCGAGACGCCGCCGGCGACGAGGGUGACGAGGCCGGGAGGAGGAGGCGGGACGUGGUGCUAGCGGAUGGGUUCCUGCUCUACUACGACGCGCGGUGCAGGGACGAGAUCGACGUCCGGCUCUUUCUCCGGGUGCGGAGGGACAUGCUCCUCAAGCGAAGAGAGGAGCGCAACGGCUACGCCACUGCCGAGGGGACCGUAUGGCAGGAUCCCCCGGGCUACUUCGAAUCGGUCGUCUGGCCCGCCUACGUCGAGGCGCACCGCAACGUCUUUGUCGACGGGCAGCUCGACUCGGGCGCGCCCGCCCCGCCCGUGCCGGGACAGGAGCAGGCAGACGGCGGGCCGAUACCGGACCUGGUCCUGCUCGAGGGCGACGAAGAGGCGCAGCCGCACUCGCUCCCGGAGCCGCUCCGCCAAGAGGUCCAGCACUGCCUCGACGCGGGCGAAGACGUCUCCGUGUCAAUGGCCCUCAUGGUCGAGACGGCCUGCCGCGCCAUCCUCGAGCAGCUCACAGCGACUCGGUAG